UCUUAACCACCUAUAAAAACAAGUUUCUGUGCAAAGAAAGGAAGGAAAGAAGAAACGGAAAAACCCUAAACCCUAAAAUGGCGAGUGAUGUUCUUCCUUCAGAAAUACUCACCGAAAUCUUCUCCCGCUUACAUCCACAAUCACUUCUCCGAUUCCGCUCAACUUCAAAAUCACUUAAAUCCAUAAUCGAUUCUCACAACUUCACCAAUCUUCACCUCAAAAACUCUCACAACUUCAACCUCAUCCUCCGCCACAACACCAAUCUCUAUCAACUCCAUUUCCCCAACUUAACCACCCCUCUUCCACUCCAUCAUCCUCUGUCUUACACCAAGCGCAUCACACUCUUUGGUUCAUGUAACGGCCUCAUCUGCAUUUCCUCAAACACCGAAACCGCGUUCUGGAACCCUAACAUCCGUAAACAUCAGAUUAUCCCUAAUCUCCCUGUUUCUAUUCCUCAAUCUGAAACCAAAAUCCACUACGCCUUUUUCACUUACGGAUUUGGCUUUGAUCCUUUAUCCUCCGACUACAAGCUUAUCAGAAUCUCUUGGUUCGUUGAUUUACAAAACUCUACUUUUGAUUCAUAUGUCAGACUCUUCACCUCGAAAACAAACUCGUGGAAAGUACUUCCUAGUAUAGACUAUGUUCUUUGCUAUGCUCUAACCAUGGGAGUUUUUGUUGAGAAUUCUCUUCAUUGGAUAACGGUGAAGAAUCCUGAUGGGUUACAUCCCCGUUUAAUUGUCGCGUUUAACCUAACACUUGAGCUUUUCAAUGAGGUUCCAUUUCCUGAUGAAAUAUGA